AUGUCUGAGCCGAAACUUGUACCAGGCACCGUCCGCAUCCAGGUCGUGAGUGCCAGCUUGAACUUCCCUGACGCCUUGCAAAUCAAGGGCGAAUAUCAAGACAAGCCCAAGCUGCCGUUUGUUCCAGGCUCCGAGGUCUCUGGCGUGGUCGUAGAGGUCGCUGCUGGCGUCAAGAACGUGCGCGUGGGAGACAAGGUGUGCGCUGUACGGCAGGGGGGAGCGUUUGCAGAGCAGGUGGUGGCUCCCGCCGCGUCCGUGUGGCUUGUGCCGGAUGGCGUGCCGGUACAGGACGCCGCCGCGAUCCCCAUCGUGUACGGCACUGCUGACCUGGCGUUACGGCACCGGGCGCAGCUCAAGGCGGGUCAGACUGUCCUCAUACUGGGCGCUGCCGGCGGUGUGGGACUGGCCGCCCUUCAGCUGGCCCUUCUGGCCGGGGCGCGGGUGGUGGCGGUGGCGAGGGGGGCCGCGAAGGCGCAGUUCCUCCGGGCUCAAGGGGGGGACGUGGUGGUGGUGGAUACGGAGGCGCUACUGGCGGCGGAGCCUGCUGUGCCGCUCCACACGGCGCUGCGGGCGGCGGCACCCAAGGGUGUGGAUGUGGUGUUCGACCCGGUGGGGGGGUCCUCCCUGUUUGAGGCGCUCAAGGUGGUGACCUGGGGGGCCCAGUACCUGGUCAUUGGCUUUGCGGGCGGUGACAUCCCCAAGGUGCCCGCCAACCUGCUCCUGGUCAAGAACGUCACCAUGCACGGUGUGUUUUGGGGUUCGUACAUGUCGUACCGGCCCAAGGUGCUGGCGGAGUCGAUGCAGCAGGUGCUGAAGUGGUUUGGUGAGGGACGUCUUCGAGUUGAGGUGUACGACAGGUACCCAAUGGAGCGCGUAACGGAGGCCUUCGCCGCCAUUUUAGACCGGCGAGUUCGUGGCAAGGUGUUGCUCACAAUGGGGGCUGGUCCUGCGCUGUCGAAAAUAUAG